CAAAUUUCAUGAUUUUAUACUUGACUUUUUCAGUUUGGUACAGUUGCUCUUUGCAAACAAACAGCCAGACACCAUUUCAUUCUUAAGUUGCAAAGAGUCAGGCGUCUCGGUGGCGUUACUCAUGAAACUGUCAUGGAUCCUGGUUGGGUGGCUUUUACUUUCUGGCCCGAGGAACCCUUGAUGGCUACCCUUUCUAGAGAAAAUCCUGCUGAGAAAAGAUCAAAUGAAAGCUGAGAGAGGAUUGGUUGAGCCUGGUGGGGAUUUUCCAGAUGAAUGUGCACAGGGCCUACCACUCUGCAUGCCUUUCUGUUUACAUCAUCAGGAGCUGGGUGAGCUCAGGGCCGGCAGAGACAGUUUGGAAGAGGGAAGUGCUGCUUGAGAAGGUUUGCUGCGUUUUUCUCUGCUGGUGAUCCUCUUUUCAGGCACCUUGUGAGGUAAAGGGCUUCUUUGUGGAUGGUAGCAUAUGCGGUUGUGUGUGAACCCAUCAGGUGAUUGUUAAACAGCUGUGCUGAGGCCAUGCCUGGAUCAGAUAACUGGAAUCAUUUGUGCCAGUGAAUUGGUUGUGUGAGCUCAAGAGCCUGGCUUGAGAAGCAUUUAUAUUUUUCAAGUAUAGAUGCCAGCAUCCAUCCCCUUAAGCUAUCAGUAUGGCUAAUGUUUGGGUUCUGGUUUUAUACUGGCUUUGUGUAGGGCUGGAGAGUUUAGACUGAGCAGAACCAUGGCCUGGAGCUUCCUGUUUCUGACUGAUUCCCUGCUACUUCUUCCACUUGGCUUUAUUUGGAAUCCAUGAUGGGUGCUCCUGAAGAGCCAUCUCUUACUGAAACGAAAGACUAUGAAACAUUGCAAGCUGUCAGCCGUCUGCCUUGCGCCAUCAUGGAGAGAGCGCCAUCUCUUUACCAAGAGUGCUGCAUUUUAUUAUGUUAUUGCUUAACUUCCUUAUGUACAGUAGAGUUUGUGUAUAUGUUACUGGAAAGGUCAGAGUUUGGUGUUACAGAUUUUCUUACAAAUGUCAGUAACAUUUGGUAAGAAUUGUUUAAGGAGGGCUAGACUGCUAAGUUGAUUCUAAGGUUUUCUUUUCUUUCUGAGUGCAUCCCAUGAAGUCAUCCGAUCCUCUUCUGUCGGUGAAGUUCUUCAUGCAGCCCUUUCUGUUGUUCUUGGGGAAACUGAAGCAAACAAGGCUACGUCAUGCAGCUUUUAUUACAUUUACAUGUUGGAUUAGAUUAUGAGUGCCAACAAGAACGCCCGCUACAAUCGUUUCCCCAGCGACACAACAAACGGUGCUUCUUCAGAAACCAUUAACGGGACAAGAAUGGAGACUACUUUUGGGCCUUCUUACUCUGCAGUAACCACCAUCACAAAAGCGGAUGGAAGUACUACUUUCAAGCAGCAUUGCCGAACAGCCUCCUCUUCCAGCACGCUCACCUAUUCCCCUCGUGAAGAGGACGACGGCAUGCCACCAAUUGGCACUCCACGUCGCUCUGACUCUGCCAUCUCUGUCCGCUCUUUGCAUUCUGAGUCCAACAUGUCCUUGCGCUCAACUUUCUCUCUCCAUGAGGAAGAGGAGGAGCCAGAGCCCCUGGUGUUUGCUGAGCAUCCUUCAGUGAAACUCUGCUGCCAGUUGUGUUGCAGUGUGUUUAAAGAUCCAGUGAUCACAACUUGUGGGCACACAUUUUGCAGGAGAUGUGCCUUAACUUCUGAGAAGUGCCCAGUGGACAAUGCCAAACUGACGGUGGUCGUCAACAACAUUGCUGUAGCCGAGCAGAUUGGGGAGCUCUUCGUUCACUGCAAGUAUGGCUGCCGCCCUGCCGCCAGUGGCAAGCUUUCUGCGUUUGAGGUGGAUCCCCAUGGCUGCCCAUUCACCAUUAAACUGAGUGCCAGAAAGGACCAUGAAGGUAGCUGCGAUUACCGGCCGGUGCGCUGCCCCAACAAUCCCAACUGUCCGCCACUUCUCAAGAUGAACCUGGAAGCACACCUCAAGGAGUGUGAGCAUAUCAAGUGCCCCCAUUCUAAAUAUGGGUGUACGUUCAUAGGCAACCAAGACACCUAUGAGACUCACCUGGAAACGUGCAAAUUUGAGGGCCUCAAGGAGUUCCUUCAGCAGACAGAUGAUCGUUUCCAUGAGAUGCAGGUAGCCAUGGCUCAGAAAGACCAGGAGAUUGCCUUCCUGCGAUCCAUGCUGGGCAAGCUUUCCGAGAAAAUUGAGCAGCUGGAGAAGAACCUGGAACUGAAGUUUGAUGUGCUGGAUGAAAACCAGAGCAAGCUGAGCGAGGACCUGAUGGAGUUCCGGCGGGACGCAUCUAUGCUCAACGAUGAGCUGUCUCACAUCAACGCCCGGCUGAACAUGGGAAUCUUAGGCUCAUAUGACCCCCAGCAGAUCUUCAAGUGCAAAGGCACCUUUGUGGGACACCAGGGCCCAGUCUGGUGUCUGUGUGUCUAUUCCAUUGGGGAUUUGCUCUUCAGUGGCUCGUCUGACAAAACUAUUAAGGUGUGGGAUACCUGUACCACAUACAAGUGCCAAAAGACCUUGGAAGGCCACGACGGAAUCGUCCUGGCACUCUGCAUCCAAGGGAACAAACUGUAUAGCGGCUCUGCUGAUUGCACCAUCAUUGUCUGGGAUAUUCAGACCUUGCAGAAGGUCAACACCAUCCGUGCGCAUGACAACCCCGUGUGCACACUGGUCUCCUCACACAACAUGCUUUUCAGUGGUUCUCUAAAGGCCAUCAAGGUCUGGGACAUUGUAGGCACUGAGCUGAAGCUGAAGAAGGAGCUGACGGGCCUUAAUCACUGGGUCCGAGCACUCGUGGCAUCCCAGAAUCACCUGUACAGUGGGUCCUACCAAACGAUCAAAAUCUGGGACAUCCGGAACUUGGAGUGCGUGCAUGUUCUGCAGACAUCAGGCGGCAGUGUCUACUCCAUCGCAGUCACGAACCACCAUAUUGUGUGUGGCACCUAUGAGAAUCUCAUCCAUGUGUGGGACAUUGAAUCCAAAGAACAGGUGCGCACGCUGACAGGACAUGUGGGCACUGUGUACGCCCUGGCCGUCAUCUCGACACCAGACCAGACCAAAGUCUUCAGCGCGUCAUACGACCGGUCGCUGCGGGUCUGGAGCAUGGACAACAUGAUCUGCACGCAGACCCUGCUGCGCCACCAGGGCAGCGUCACCGCCCUGGCAGUCUCCAGGGGCCGCUUGUUCUCUGGCGCGGUCGACAGCACUGUUAAGGUUUGGACAUGCUAGUGAGGGGCCGCUGUCCGCUUGGGGAUGCCAGACUACCGAAUACUCCUCAGCCCCCCGCGACCUUCUGCUGCUUCUCUCUCCGAAGCCCCAGCAGCCGCCACUGGUGAGAGCGCCUCACGGCCCGCAUACCUCAGCCCUGGCGCCGGCAACGUGGCAGGCCCUCGGAGAGGCUGGCAGCCCAGGACCACUUCCACUGUAGCUUCCUUUCCAAGUCGGUAGGCAGGGGACUUUGAUCGGGCGCUGCUGCAGCUCCAGCUUACGACCUUCGGCCGAUGGAACAAAGCGGGUGCCAUGCUCUCGUGGGAAGCGGCCCCGGACCUGGUGGCACGAGUGCCCACAGUGCCCCUCGCGAGCAGGAGCGCUGGAGCCAAGGGUGUGGGGGGGCCCUCUCUGUCCUAGUGUUUAGUCCAAUCUGCUGAGCUUUUCCGUGUGUGCCCACCACCGCAAGUGAUAAAAACCGUUUUCCUCUCGUGUAACCAGGUACGAUUGUUAUGUCACCGGCCCCGCCCCUUGCUUCUGGUACCACAGGGCCACCUGUGCACAGCAUCACGUCCUCACGGCCUCCACAGUCAGACAGGGAGAGCCCGCUGUUGGGUUUUUACUGACAUUUUCUACUGUUUUUAAGAUUGUGAUAUAGAUUUGGAUUAUUUCUUUCUUGACAAUAAAAAUGGACCAUUGUUUUAGGCAA